GAGCAAGUGCUCUAACAGAACUAACUUGCUGAGCCUGUCACCAGUAUUCCAGGAGCCAAACCAGCAAUGUCUUCCUCUUUGCAACCUGAAGUCCCUGCCCCGCUGGCCAACUUGAAGAUUCAGUAUACCAAGAUCUUCAUAAACAAUGAAUGGCAUGACUCAGUGAGUGGCAAGAAAUUUCCUGUCCUUAACCCUGCAACUGAGGAGGUCAUCUGUCAUGUAGAAGAAGGGGACAAGGCAGAUAUUGACAAAGCAGUGAAAGCUGCACGGCAAGCUUUUCAGAUUGGCUCCCCAUGGCGCACCAUGGAUGCUUCAGAAAGAGGGCGCCUCCUGUACAAACUGGCUGACUUAAUGGAAAGAGAUCGCCUGUUGCUGACUACAAUGGAGUCAAUGAAUGCUGGCAGACUCUUCACCCAGGCUUACAUGAUGGAUUUCGAGAUGAUGUUAAAAACAUUAAAGUACUGUGCAGGCUGGGCUGACAAGAUCCAUGGUCAAACAAUACCAAGUGAUGGAGAUAUUUUCACUUACACAAGACGUGAACCAAUUGGGGUGUGUGGCCAAAUCCUCCCUUGGAACGGUCCCUUGAUAAUGUUCAUUUGGAAGAUAGGCCCUGCCCUUUGCUGUGGGAACACUGUGAUUGUCAAACCAGCAGAACAAACUCCUCUCACUGCUCUUCACAUGGCAUCUUUAAUAAAAGAGGCAGGAUUUCCUCCUGGCGUGGUAAACAUUGUCCCUGGUUAUGGGCCAACUGCAGGGGCAGCCAUCUCUUCUCACAUGGACAUCGACAAAGUGUCCUUCACGGGAUCAACAGAGGUUGGCAAAUUAAUCAAAGAAGCUGCAGGGAAAAGCAAUCUGAAGAGGGUCACACUGGAGCUUGGGGGAAAGAGCCCCUGCAUUGUGUUUGCAGAUGCUGACUUGGACAGUGCCAUUGAGUUUGCACACCAGGGGGUGUUCUGCCACCAGGGACAGGUUUGCGUGGCAGCAUCCAGGCUUUUUGUUGAGGAGUCAAUUUAUGAUGAGUUUGUGAAAAGGAGUGUUGAGAGGGCUAAGAAGUACGUUCUUGGAAAUCCUCUGAACUCAGAAAUAAAUCAAGGUCCUCAGAUUGACAAGGAACAGCAUGAUAAAGUACUUGAACUCAUUGAGAGUGGGAAGAAAGAAGGAGCCAAAUUGGAGUUAGGUGGUGGACGCUGGGGGAACAAGGGAUUCUUUGUCCAGCCCACCGUGUUCUCCAAUGUUACUGAUGAGAUGCGCAUUGCCAAAGAGGAGAUUUUUGGACCAGUGCAACAAAUCAUGAAGUUCAAAUCUCUAGAUGAUGUGAUCAAGAGAGCGAACAAUACUACCUAUGGCCUAGCAGCAGGAGUCUUCACGAAAGACCUGGAUAAAGCCAUCACCGUGUCUUCUGCUCUACAGGCUGGGAUGGUGUGGGUGAACUGCUAUUUAAUUCUUCCUUCCCAGUGCCCCUUUGGUGGAUUCAAGAUGUCUGGAAAUGGGAGAGAACUGGGUGAGCAUGGUGUUUAUGAAUACACUGAACUCAAGACAGUUGCCAUGAAAAUAUCUCAGAAGAACUCUUAAAGAAGUCACCAGAGAGAAGAGAAACCCUUCAGCAAGGACUACACAUCUCCUAGUCACCCCUAUAGUGUUUUCCUUUAACUCUUCUAUUGAUUUCAUAAACAUAAGUGACUCAUCAGUAUUGAUGACACAUAUAAAAAACUUGUAGCUUAAUAUGAAAGAAUCAUUAGUCUUAUAAAAUGUGACCCCAUUUCAUACCCAAGAAUAAAAGGUGCAUGCUCUCUCUUGUGGUUUUAUUUUGCUUGUAAAAAUAAAGCCUCUCUGAAGGUUAGAGAAAGGAGCCUGCCACUAGCUAACCAUACAAGUCUGGAGGUCUGUAGAAACAGACAGAGAUAGCUGGGGAGAAACAAUAUAACCAGGGAGAAACAGGAACUCAUUCUCUUGUCUGCUGAGAUGCUAAGGAGGUUUCUGACUCUGAGCUUUUAUUAUUUAGAACAACUAAGAACUCCAUGUACAUUUUGGAGCCCAAUGUGGGGCUCGAACCCAUGACCAUCAGAUUGAAAAGUACAAGUUCUCUGUGACUCUGUCAUGCAUGUUCAGGUGCUUUCCAUUGUAGAAUAUUUAGAAUAUUUACCUGGUAAGGAAGACCAGUUGUGACUUAAGCUUUGUCCUUCAGUGACUCCUUGAAUCACUCGAUCUGCACAAUGACUGCAGAGUAGAGUGAUCUGUUCCCUAUGGUUUUCCCUUCUGAGUGUUGUGAAAUGUUUUCUAGAAUGCCAUACCUGCUUGUCAAAUGAAAUGCCUAGCUGGAAUUAGAAUGUGAAGCUUAAUAAAGGUAAUCUUACAGGA